CUUAUGACAACUAAAGAAGAAAAACUAGGAAAAAUGUCCGACGUUGAUUUCGGUGAUCGUGAGCUCUUUCAGCAGCUUGAGGACUCGGAGCCGUUUGUCCCGAGGCACAUUCGUUUCACAAAUGACGAUGACGACCAGGAUGAGUCGAACCAACUUCAGAUUAAGCUCGAAGAGUGUGAAGCCAGCAUUCAGAGACUGUCUGAGGAGAAUAAAGUCUUGCAACGAAAACUGAAUAUUUUGACACGACCUAGUGGAAUCACCAUUGAUGAUGUCAACAUGGAUGGACCCCUGCUCCAGGUUCUUUAUACAAAUAGUAGCAUAUCAAAGCAGUGUCGUCAAGAAAUUGAAGACUGCAUCUGCAGUGUGUUCUUGAAGCACCAGAAACCAAAAAGUGAAAAAUCGAAAACUUUGUUUCACAUUAAGCCACAGAACUCAGCUUUUGCUUUGGAUGAAGAUCCCCAGAAGUUGUCCACCAGUAGUGUGAAAACAACAACAGAAGCAUUUAAAGUGGUUGGAAGUGUUUUAUAUUUUGCUACCUUUGGUGUUGACAAACUUGGACAGCCUCUGGUGAAUGAAAACCCUCAGUUGACAGAUGGAUGGGACGUUCCAAUCUAUCAACAAGUUUUCAACCAAGUCAUUGGAGCGGAUGGACAUGAAGUAGAAAUGAAAGACAAAAGACCCAAGAAUAUGUGUUUUAACUGCGGUGAGAGCAGCCAUCAGCUUAGAGACUGUCCCAAGCCUAAAGACAUGGCUGCUAUUAAUGAGCGAAGAAAGGAGUUUAAUCAGAACAACAACGCAGCCAUUCAGAGUAACCAGCGUUACCAUGCAGAUGAAGUGGUGGAGCGCUUUGCUAAAUUCAAGCCCGGAAUCAUUAGUGAUGAGCUGUUGACCGCCCUGGGAGUUGAAGGCAACACUCUCUCUCCUCUGAUUUAUCGGAUGAGGCAGCUGGGUUACCCACCAGGUUGGCUGAAAGAAGCAGAGAUGGAAAAUUCUGGCUUAUCACUGUAUGAUGGAAAAGAUGGCAGUGAAACUCCUGGCAGCCUGUCACAAAACAUCUCUUACGAUGUUUCCAAACUGGUGGAUUUCCCAGGCUUCAAUGUGCCAGCACCUCACAAAAUGAAAGAUGAGUUCAUGCAUUAUGGUUCGAUUCCGAUGCAGAACAGCCACAUGAAGCAGAACUAUGCAGCGUACCUAUCUGACAACUUCCCCCAGCCUGGUGCCACCUCCUCCAACAAGAGACAACACGAGUCUGACUCCUCUUUGCAGCUGAGGAAAAGGAAUAAGUUAAGUCCUGAUCGGUGCUCAGACAGAAGCUCAGAUAUGGAUGUUGAAUCAGAUCCGGGGAUGCCUUAUGCUCACGGCCCUGCAGACUUCCAGUUCCAGCCUCCCCUCCCUCCCAGCUCUGGCUCUGGCUCUCCUUGUUUCAGUUCACCCCCUCCUUUACCACAGGGCACACCCCCUUCUACUCCCACUCCUCCACCUCUUCCAAAAGGAACACCUCCACCUACACCCAACAACGGCUCUCCAGCUCUGCCAGGGCGUUACAGUAACUGGACAGUAGUUGAUGAGGCUGUGGGAGAAGAUGAUCUGACUCUGGAGGAACUGGAAGAGCAGCAGAGGCAGAUCUGGGCAGCUCUGGAAAAUGCAGACACAACCACUAAUAGUGAUAGUGGGACUCCUGCUUUAGGAACACCUGCACCCAGUUCACCAAGUGUUUCUACGCCAGCGCGCAUGGAUACAGAGAUGGAAGAGUUUGAAGAGCCAGUGGACACAGUGAGACCUGUUGAACCUUGCAACAGCAAUGAGAAUCAGCAGGAACCAGACGUACCAGAGAUUUGCGCUCAAAGCCCCAGACAGAUUAAAGUUGAGGAAGAGACUCCUCAAAGCCCCGAGCCCAUCAGGUCCCAGGAUGAUAGUCCUCAAAGCCCCGAGCCAGAGGUCUGUAAUUUGGGGUCUGGAAAUUUAGCUUCUCCUGCACAAAUGGAGAAGAUCGCAUCUGUUCCUCAUCGAAGCAAGUUUGCAGCUGGUAUCGUUCCAUUUGAAGAUACACCUGAGUUCACAGAAGUAGCAGAGGCCACAGGAACGUACUUGCGUAUCAGAGACUUGCUUAAAUUUUCCCCUCGAAAUUUGACAAAGAAAAAAUAAGGCAUUCAUCACCUCAAUUCAGUUUUAAAAGUAAAUGAUUUCUAGGUUUAUUUUUACCGAGCAUUUUUUUUUUCUUCUAGAAAGUCGAUUUGGAAGAAUACAAACCUGGAGAAUUUGAAUGCAAUUUUUUUAUGAGGUUUGGUUUUGCUGCAGAAAUGCUACAUCGUGUUUAUUUUAUUGUAAAACUUGUAUAGUUGUCAUUUUAUACGGCAGUCGUGGCUUUUUGUCACACUUCAAAUGUUUGUAAAACUUAAAAUAAACAUGCCUCUGAACUUUUCA